CCGCCAGGAGUGCUGCCUGUGCCGUCCUCGGUCCUCGGUCGCCGCGGUGCUCCUCCUGCCCUUCCACGCUCCGAGGCCACUUUAGGCCCAAAGCGCCACUUGAGCCGCCCGGGGCGCGAAUGAGGCGCUUCGUUUGAUGAGCGCAGACGGUGAGCAGCACCAGAGCGCCUGGCAGCUCCGCCGCUACACCGACGAGGGGCCCGGGCACUUCGAGGAUUUCCGGCUCGCGCUACACUUCCCGGAGGGCCUCGACGGAGGAGGCGCCGCGCAGGUGCGGAUCACGGGCCGCCUGUCCCCGUUCGAGGGUGCCGCUGGCCUCGACGGCGCCGGCUGCGGCAGCGGCAGCAGUGGCAGGAAGGGCUCCGACAUAGAGCUCGAGGGUGAGGUGACGAAGGCAGCGCUCAACUGGAGCACCGGGACCCACACGGCAGCGAGCUUUACGUCUACCGCAGCGAGCACUUUGUUUCAGAGGGCGAUGGGCAGUUCCGUGGCGUCUGGAUGUGUGGCGCAAGAACGGGGCGUUUCUCUGCCAUGAGGUUCCAGUGUGUCGAGGAGCCGAGAAAGCGCAAGUCUGCUUGCAGGCGCAAGGCGGAGGCAGCCAUCAAGAACAAGAGAUUCGUCAACGACCUGAAGGACGAGCUGUCAAUACUUGACCGGCUUGGCUGGAGCGAGAAGCGCUGGAAGGAGGAGUCCAAGAUCGAGAAGGGCCGCGCCAUCCUCCGAGAGCUCCGCCGGGAGCUGGAAGGGAUCUUCUCCGAGCUCGGCCUGGGGUUCCACGAGAACACUCCUUGGCUCAGGCGGGUGGAGGUUGGCAUCCUGCUUGCGCGUCGCAGGGGGGACCAUGGUGACCAGGAGCUGCUCAGCCGGCUGCGCGCGGUGGACUGCGGCCCGACCGGCGCCGUUGACGACUUCCGCAGUGACUGGCACACGCUCUUCGAGAUCCAGAGGCACUGCUGCGCCCUCCCGCCCUUCCGAGCCACCAAGUACCUGGAACCCUCCAACGUCCGGCACGCGCUGCGGUGCGCCGAGGUGAGCAACCGGGCGCUGUUCGAGCGUGGACUGUACAUCGGGGGCGCUCGGCGCCUGAGCGCCGUGCGGCUGCCGCGGGCGGGCGGCAAGCGCGACGAGCUGCACAAGAAGAUGCUGGAGGAGCUGCGCGGCGAGUGCGUCGCGGGAGACCUAGGGGUGGACGAGGCUUACGGCGUGCACAUCCAGCUCAUCAUUCGCGCCGGCUGCUCCGAGUUCCUUUGGGAGCCCGGGCCCGAGGUAAAGCUGCAGCACGAGGACAGGGUCUACUACGACCACGCGCACGUGUGCAACCAGGACAGGCGUGGCCGCCGCCACGGCUCCCACGACAUUGAGCCGAUGAGGCGUCGCCUCGCCGAGUUCGAGCGUAUUCUUACCGACGGCGCGAAGGACCGCGUCUACGAGGAGGACUUCGAGUUCGUGGAGAUGACCGCGCGCGCCGAGAAUGGCACGGCAGAGGGCGUCCCCGUUUUCCUGGAGCACUCUGUGACCGGUGACGUUGAGCACGCCCAGAGGCUCUUCGAGCAGCAGCGUCGGGAGCGCGGCUGGACGCAGCGGCCCAAGGCGCUCAACCUCGAGCACCUCUUCAAGACGCGACUUGCGGGCUACAGGCGCCAAGGCACCCGGGAGAUCGUCUGGGGGCCUGGCCCAGACCUCUAUUGGGAGCGCGGCGACAGGCCCUUGCGCCUCUUCCGCGUGGCUCAGGAGCCGGUGCGGGUGCGCUUCCACAGGCACGAGGAGCCGUACGGGUUCCACCUGCAGGACCUCUCGGGGGGCGGCGGGGGCGCAGAGGUGAUCGAGGUGGUCGAGGGCAGCCCCGCGGACGCGCGGGGGAUCGUCGUGGGCCGCACCGUGAAGCGCCUGUGCACGGCGGACAGCCGCGAGGACGUGCGGCACUGGUCGAGGGCGCAGAUCGAGGCGGCGUUGGCGCAGAUGCCCGACUGCUUCGUCGUCGAGUUCGGCAAGGGCGACACGGAGGAGCGGCGGCACGCCCCGCUGGGCGACGCGGAGAUGGCGAUCCUGAUGGACGAGCGCUUCAUGCGCGGGUUCCUGCACGAGCUCGGGCACGUUUGCGAGGACGCGCCCGCGGCGGGCGCCCCGGGCGGGGUCGGCCAGUUCUUCGACCCAGAGGGCUGGAACGCCGCCUUCCCCGGCCUCGUUGCCGCGCCCCGCGGCCCGUCCGAGGCCGCCGUCCACGCGCCCGCCGCGGAGGCCAAGCAGCCCGGGCCCGCCCCGGCGGAGGCGUCGCCGCAGCUGAUGUUCCAGCACAUCCUGCCGCCCCCUGGCGCGCCGGGCGCGCCCCCGCCCAGUUCGUGGCCGCUGCAGCCCCACAGCCCCGCGGCGGGCUCGGCGCCAGCGCCAUGGACGCCCGCAAGGGCGGCGCCAGCGCGCUCGGGCUCCCCGAUGAGAGUGGCGCUGACGCCAGACCCGGGGGGGGGCCGCAGCGGCGUCCUGUGGGCCUCCCCAGACGGAGCGAGGCCGAGCGAGGUCGGGUGGCCGCAGGGAAGGCACAGCACUGCCUGCCAGGAGGCGGCCGGCGCUGCAAAGGUGAAGCCAAGCCCCAGCCCCAGGAGAGAUGCGGCCCCACCCCCGCGGUUGUCGCCGGCGGGGUUGGACCACCAGCAGGACCCACCUCUGAAGGUCCAGAUCGGCCGCCACAGCCAACCUCAGGGGGCUGUGGGCCAGCAGAGUCCGCAACAGCACCCGCAGCAGCACAGAGCUGGGCCGCGUGCCUGGACCAGCUUCCCUGGGUGGGCGCCUGGUGCUGGCUCGGCCGACGGAGCCGUCUGAGCCCGAGGGAGCCAUGUUGGCAUAAACAGGCCACCGCAGCACCCCAUGGACCAGAUGAACGUGUGAGAUGUGCAAGAAUUCACAACGUAAUUGACGCAAGUGAAGGACCGGCGUAGGAGGGCGUGUUUGCACCGGAGCCUGAGCGGACGGGUGGGUCCUCUUGUUGGCAAGGGAUGGCAGUGAGUGGCAUGCCUUGGACGAGAGGAGCUCAACUGUCUGUCUGAGAACGUUUUCAGUGCUUUUGUCAGCGACGGCGCAUAAGCGCCCCCAGGCGUCUGGUCCCCCACCCUUACUUACCCCAUGCCAGCACAUAAUCACCCUCUGUCGAUGGUCAGCUUGGUUCGUCUGUCCACCGAUGCAGCCUCGCUCGAAACGAGCAACGGCACACAACAAGUGCGACAUUGCUGCUCGGGUUGAAUGCCAUGUUUCAAUGGCUCGUUCUUUGCAUCGGUCUCUGGCAUUCCCGUGGCCCCGCAGCCCGCAUGGAUCGCGCUGGAUAUCACUAAUUGGCCCCAGUAGCCCUCCUCUUUCGCUCCCACUGUUGUGGAUCCGACGCAUAUGCGCAUACGCGGGGUUGAGGACUGCAAGCCGCGACACGUGCAAGUGCUCUUCGCAAGCGCAAAAGCGCCAAGAACGUCGAGUUCCCAGCUGCUCGUUUGAAUCGGCAGCUGCGUUCCCCGCGUACGGAGUGUUUCGAUGUUCGGCUUGCUCCUCCUUGCUCAACCUGGGGAGCCUGAUCCUGUGCGCGCCAAAAGGCUUCCGCGGGAACCGAUGCACCGGACGAGCGGGCUAAUUCAUUGCAGCGUGAUGACUGCGAGAACUUACGUAAUUGACGCAAGUGGAGGACGGGCGUAGGAGGGAGUCUUUGCACUUGAGCCAGGGCGGACACGAGGGUCCUCUCGUCGGCAAGGGGCGUUGUAGAGGACACAUGCAGCAGGAUACUCGCACCGGACGAGAGGAACUCACUUGCCCGCCCGAGAGCGGUUUCAGUACCUUUGCUGACACUUGCGCAUAAGUGCCACUAUGCGCCCUUCUCUUUCUUUAUGUACUUAUUAUUUGGUUAAUCUCUCUCUGCCUCUCUCUCUCUCCCUCCCCCCCUUUUGGAAUGUAUGCUUCUCUCCCUGUCGCCCCCUCUCUCUCUCUCGUUCUCUCCCUCCCCCUCACUUGCACACCUGCUUCCCUUUCCCUCACAUGACAUUUCAACACCCUCUCUAAUUAGCCUCUCGACCUGUCUGGGAAAGGCUGCAGCCCCGCUAGUGGCCAGUUUUGGCACGCAGCAUCUAACGCAUUGCUGCUAGGGCUGUGACCUAACGGAUCCGUGUUUCACACCUGCCUGUGUCAUCCUUGUGGCCAUGCAGCCAGCACGGAUCAGUCCAGUCAUCAUGCAUCAGCUUCAGUGACACUGCUAUCUCGAUUCUCUCUGUAGCGGAAUCGGGUGUGCAUGUGGGAGUCUGACGGUUGCAAGCCGCAACACGUGCAAGUGUUCCUCGCGGGCGCCAGAGCGCCACGAAUAUGCGGCAAAAUCCGAGCCCUACCGUCGCCGACCAACGAUUCAGGCCAUUCGAUGGGCGGCGGGGGUCGGAUUCGGAAUUCGUCGAACAUGUGGUGACAUCCGAGCCUUCCCUCCGCCUCCAGCCGAUGCAGGAGAAUCGAUGGUUGGUGGGGUAGGGCUCGGCUGGCGCCACGUAACGACGCUCGGCGAGUUUUGAACUGCUCGUUUGAAUCGGCAGCCGCGUUUCCUCGCGCUGGGAGCGCCUCGGGGGGGGCGGUCGUGCAAGCGUGCAUGCGGCGCCACGGAGGGGGCCAGCGCCGAUGGAUGCCUCCGGCGCGGAGGGCGGCCGAGUGACUAGGCGUGUGCGAGUUUUGCUCCCCUCCGCCGGGAGCCGAGGAGUUCCCGAGCACCCCGUGCGCCGACGAAGCGCGCGGCGGUGUUCGCAGUCGCGGCCAGCUGUGGGCCUCUAGGGAGCACAGUCAGGUCGCAUAGGACGGAUUGGGCUUUCCAAGAUUACCCUUGCACCCUUCUCCCUUGGUUCUUCCUCUGUCAAUUUCACUGGCCGCGCCCCUCUCGAAAGGUGUCGACACGGUCUUCCAGGGCCCUGUCAUCCACAUCUUGCAUCCUUGUUAUGCGCCUCGUCCACAUCUCGCAGCUCUCUGGGGGCGCUCUGGAUGAUCUCGGAGGGGGGGGGCUCUGGGGGGAGCGCCAGCCUUGGACGCAGCUGUCGGAGGAGCCUCGGAAAGAGGAGGCCGAUCCCUCCUGAGAGGCUCCCUGCCUUCUCAGAAGGACGCCCACCUCGCCACGCCCCCCCCCCCUGGUGCGCGCUCGAUCACCCAGUAGCCCUCGCACACCGCUGGCAGCAUGGGGUGGGGGCCGGCGCGAUGCCUGCGGGCUCGGCUCGGCCAGAGUCUGGCCAGCUGGGCGGCACGCGGCAGGCCCGCGCGGGCUCGUCGCCGCGCGCUGGCGGCGCCCCGUCGGGCAGCGGGCUGCCGCGCGCGGGCGCCGUGCGCGGAGGCAGGCGCGAGCUCGGGGCGGUGCGGCCCCCUCGAGGGCGCCCGCUGGCCAGCUCGUGGGAGGCCUCUCGCCGGAGGGAGCGUGGCGCUCCCGCACCGCGCCCUCGACGGGAGCCCUGUGGAGGCAGAGCGAGGGCGGCUCCUGGCGGCGGAAGGGCGGCGGCAGCCUCCGCACAAACAGGGUGGCCCUCCCAGGGAUGCCAGCUUGUGAGCGGUACCGGCUGGAAGUUUGUCUCGAUCCUUGUGUUUGGCAUCGCCUUGCCGCGGUGCCGACCUCAAGGACUCCCUCAGCAUCUGGGGGCACAUCCCUGGGAUUGUGAUCACCCUGGGCGUUCCGAUCUUGGGGGUGGGGAGAAGUUCGAGGCUGGUUGGAGCGGGCCAGCUCUCGCCCUCGCCAGGCCGUCUGGUAGGAUUCCCGCCUCCGUCUGCUGCAGCUACGCCUGGCGGUUUCUCCCACAUGUGGCGUGAGGACGAUGCGGACACUUGCGCCGCCACUGGGAGCACUUGACCUCCUCCCCCUUCCCCACCAUGAGUGGGCCGUCAUCGGCG